GUAACUUUUUAUCAGUCAAUGCAGCAUUCCUCUUUUGUCAACAAAUAUGUUUUGAUUUUAAGUCUUCUCUUAAAUUUAUUAUAUUCUGGCAGUCUAAUUACUUUAUUGUAUUGAAAUUAUUUUUUAAAUAUGUCUAAUCCGGACGAUAAGUCUAAUAAAACUAAUGGCUUGGACGCCGACCCUUUACAAAGACUACCAUCAUUCAAGGCACCUCGCGAUCUUACAUUGGGAGCGAACAAACCCAACAAAAAAGUAUUUACCCCUAAUUUGAAUGUAACUAGGAAUAAAAAUAAAGGGCCUUCCGUAAACAUAGCACGAGAUUACAAGAAAGACGACCGAGGGCGAAGAGACCGUAAGCAUGAUCGUAAAAACUUUAGAAAUGGACCCAACAUUAUAAAGUCAGGAGGCGUGUUCUCAGAAGGUUUGGGCAAUUCUGAAAGGUACAACAGUCGCAUAUCAUAUGGCAGGGAUCCCGAGCCUGCUGCAGCAUUACAGAAACCCACAAUAAGGGUGAAGGAUGUCAUCAAAAUUGACAAAGAAUUAGAAGAGCAAAAGAUAAAAUCCGUGGUAGGAGAUAGCAAUUAUGAGGAAGAUGCCAGUGAGGACUUCAAAGAAGUUAUUGAGAAGGACGCCCCCGUCAAACUACCCAUGGACGAUGGAGGCUGUUCGCAAAGCCAGGUGCGGUCCACCGCGAGGGUAAAACAGGAGUUGGAGAUCAAGAGCGAGCCUGGAGACGAUGUAGACUGCGCUAUUGUCGCUGACGAGAGGAAGCCGUUUGUAGAUGUGAAGCAGGAGGCGUAUGAAAAUACUGAUGUGGUUAAUUUGUUGAAGACUGAUCAACCCACGCUUAUAUUGCUACAGUUGCCGGACAGCCUGCCGGGUCGUGGGGGCAGCGUCGACGACGAGGCGCCGCGACGGAAGCACCCCGAGGCCUCCACCUCGGCCGGGGAACACACGGAGGAGAAACCGGUGGAAAACAAAUGUCGCCUGGCGGACUUAGAAGAAGGCCGGAUUGGAAAACUGCUGGUGCAUCGGUCGGGCCGUGUGAGUCUAGCACUUGGUGAUACCAUAUUUGAGGUAUACUCCGGCACCAAACCAGCAUUCUACCAGGAAGCGGUGUCUGUGACUGCUGAUGAUGGAUCACGCUCUGCCAAAAUGGUGGCACUGGGCCCCUUGCAGCACAAGCUGAACCUCGUCCCCAACUGGGAGACCAUGUUCCAAGACUUACCUGUCUAGAACUUACUGUAUAUUAUGUAAAUAUAAUUAUAUUGUUAUAUAUUG